AUGUCCACUCGCUGCUCCCUUCACUCUCGCACCCCCCCCCAGCUUCUUCCGAUCCACUCGCCAUCCCAGACGCCCCCAGCAUCGGGCCUCCUCGACACUCUCCCUCCACUCCUACAACAUCUCGCCUCUUACCUUUCUCCUUCUUCUGAAUCUCUUCGGUUCUUCAUCAUCCAAUCUCCCUCUCACCCGUCAUCUUUUCAAUCUGAUCCCUCUAGCGAUCUCGCCAGUCAUCCCCCACACAUGCUCUCCGCCCCUCUAUCGCCCCCAUUCCUCCUUCCUAACUCUCCCCCCUCCUCCAUCUCCCUCACAUCCCUUCACUCUUCUCCCAUCCCUUUCAGCCCCCUCCUCCCUCUCACCUCCUCAGUCCCUUCUAACUUCUUCUUUCAUCUUCCCUCUCUCCUCUCACUCUCCAAACCAUCUUCUCCCAGCCCUCCAGCUUCUCACUCCCCAGUCUCGCCUCCUCUCUCCACCCAUCCGAUCCGUCUCCCUCCGUACUCCCUCCCUCCUGCUACAUCCCCGGACUCUCCUCAUCCUCCUCCUCCCCCCCAAUCGUCCCUCUGCUUCAUCUCUCCCCUCCAUCUCCACCCCCUCCUCACUCCUCGGCUUUCAAUAUCAACUACCACCUCUCAUUACCUCCUACCUCCACUCCCUCACCAUGCUCUCUCCCAUCUCUCCUCUUCCCCAUCUAAUCCCCUCUCCAGCUCUAACUCCUCAUCCCUAAUCCCCCCUCUCCCCCUUCACCUACUCGAUCACCCUAUCUCCCCUCCUCCAAUAAUCUCCGUCUCACUUCUUUUCGACGCCUCUACUCCCCCGCAUCCACCACCCCUCAUCCUCCCGCUCUUCCAAUCAUUCUCUACCUUCUAUUCUUCUCUCCUUCCCUCCCCCCUGUCCCUCCUCCCGUCCAUCACCUCCAUUCCUACCUCUUCGGCUCCUCAGUCCUCGACUCGCUCUACCACUUCCCUCCAGGUUCGUCAUCACUCUCCUGCUCCGCUCCCAACAUCUCCUCCUCCUCUACUCCUUCCCUCCCCCCUCCCACCCUCUCUCUCCACUUCCAGUUUCAGCACCCUAGCUCCCACCUCCUACCGUCCCUCCUCGUCAGUCUCCUCUCCCCCACUACUCUCCUUCUCGCCUCACCCCUCUGCCUUCUCUCACCAUCUCUUACCCGAGAGCAUCCUCACCUCCCGCCGUCUCUACCUCCUCUCUUCACCUCCGUUCUUCGUCAUUCUUUUCCUCACUAUCUCUUCAAGCCUCUCCCUCCCUUCACCUCGUCUUCUCACAGCGACCUCUCCACACAUCUCCAUAACCCCCCCCCCCCAACCGAACACGACACCUCCAACACCUCCCUACCCCUCCACAGUUCCACCCACCCACACAUCCAACAUCACGCAAAACCCCACACUCUUCUCUCCAACAUACAUCACUCACUCACAAACUCCACACCUCCUCACCCCCCCCUCCCUCCUCUCCCAGCUCCCCCAUCCCCGUAUCCGCACCACACCACACCACCCUCACACUCUCAGAGUCCCCUCGCAACUUAAGCUCUCCUAUCCGGACUCCCCAAACACCCACAGACCCCACCACCACACCACACCUCACCACUUUCACUAUCCCCACCCGCCAACUCAACGUUUAAACCUCACAUCACCUCCCAAACCGUCCGCACAUCCACACCUCCUCACCGGUCUUGCCCCCUCAGUCUACUCUCCGCCCACCCCCAUGUCCUCACCCCCGCGUCAUCCUUACACUCACUCAGAACUCCCCUUCCUGAUCCCUCAUCGCCCAUCCCUACUCCUCCAUGUUCUCUCAUUCGUAUCCACCGCCCUCACCCUCCCAUCCCCGCCUCUGACGCACCCCUGUUCUUCUCUCACACGUCGGCCCUCCUCUCCUCUGCUUCAAACCACUCCGACUGCCCACCUGUCCGAUCCUCUCUGCUCCCGCACUCACAUCCUCUACUCAAACCCCUACCUGAUCACUUCAACUCCGCUCUUCGCACUCUCUCCCUCCCUUGUCUUCCCAUCCUCCCCCUCCUCGUCCCCUCUCUCACCAUCUCUCCCAAGGCCACCGGUCAUAUCCAUCGAUCACCUCCCUACCUCACCGCUCCCCACAUCAUCGUCUCUACCGCUUCUGUAUCUCGUAGCCCCCCCCGCUCACUUCUCCUCUUCAAAUAUCUCAAUUCUCCCUCUCCUUCCCUCCCCCCUCCUCCAAAGUCCCGAUCUCCUCCCAUCCACGUCCAACCCACCCUCCACCCCUCCUCACUCCCUACCUAAUCUCUCAACAAUCCCAUCUCACCAUUCACCCUCACCCACCACUCACUCGCUCCUCGCAUCCUCUCCUCGACAAUCUCCUUCGACUCCUUCCAUCGCCUCCCACCCUCCUCCCAUCUCCCCCCUCUCUCCCCUCGUGCUGCCAGGCAGCACGUCCUCUCUCAGCCGGGCUUCCCCCUCCGCCCUCGCGAAUCCCAUCCAACCCAAUCUCGCAUCCUCUCCUCCUGAUUCCUUGCUCCCAUCCUCCCUCUCCCUCUUCCCUCAUGCCUGCUUCCCUCCCUCCCUCUCUCCUCUCUUCCGGCGACGUCCCACGUCCCCCCUCUCUACACCUCCACUAUCUCAUUCCUUCUCUCCUCACGCCCUCCCUCCUUCUUCCCACUCCUCUCUCCCGAUCCCUCUUCCAAAUCAGACCCAGCUCCUCCACUCGAGAUCCCCCUCUCUCCCCCCCCUCUCUCCCACCAUGCUCAUCCCCACCCCUAUCUGCCUCCUGCAAGUCUCCCUCCUCUCUCCCCGCACUCUCUCCUACUUCCUUCUUCAUACUUCCACCCAUUCCAUCCUCCGCCUCUCCCUCCUCCCUUUCUUCUUCCAUCACCCCCUCACCCUCGUCUCCUCAUCCACCUCCCAGGGCAAUCGCUUCUACUCCGCCGCGGCAAUACCCCAUCUCCUUCUCCUCGUAACCUCUUCCGGCUUUCAUCUCCUAAUCCCUCUUGACGUGCGCCCCAGCCUCGCCCACUCCCCAUCUCCUGCUCCCCCUCUUCCGUUCCUCCCCACCUCGUCCUCUUCCCUCAUCAUCUCUCCCUCCCCCUCUUCCCCAGGUACCCCAUCCUCAUCGUUCUCCCCUCUCCCUCCCUCCUCUCCAUUUCAUCUCACUCUCCUCCCCACUCCGUCCGGUCUUCGGCCUCGUUCAUCCGACUCUUCGUCCUCCCCUACUCAUCCAAUAUCUCUCACCGUCACCGCGACGUCUUCAUCACCCCCGCAUCCCCUCGACCCUGCGCUCUCUCCCUCACGACCCUCAUCCCCAACUCUUCUCAUACUUCUCUCUCUCUCCCUCUCAAGCAUCUCCCGCUCCUCGACGCUACCAGCUCUACCUCCCCAUUCUCCAUUCGUCCUCCAAACUCCUCUUCUUCUCUUGUCUUUCUUCCUCCCACUCUCUCCUCUGAUCUUCUUCUCUCCUUCAAUCCUCUCUCCGGCCUUCACUUCUCCUCCAAUCUCCUCGUCAUCUCUCGUCAGCAUCUCCUUCCCUUCUUCUCUCCACACUCUUCCCUCCUCACACGUAAAUCCCUCGUCCAGAUCUCCCUCCCGGGCAUACCUCACAUCCCUCAUCGUUCCCGAAUCGUCUCAUCAUUUCGGCACAAUUCCUCCUCGAGGCUCUCCCUUCUCUCAACACCAUCUUCUCUCUCAUCUUCCUCUCAUCUCCCUCUACCACUCCCCCUUUCCUCCUCCCACUCCUUCAUCUUCAUCCAGCUUCACUCCCUUCUCGCUUCUCAACUCCUCUGAGAGGUCUCGGAUCCCUUCUCUUCUGUCCUCCCACCCCCUCGGUCUCUUCCUCCUACUAUCUCUGUCUCCCACCGUCGCGCUCUCCUACCUCUAUCACUCUCUAUAUCGAGCCUCAUCCAUACUCCCACCGAAUCCGCAAUCGCUCCCCUCCUCACCCGUCUUCUACUGUCUCAUACACCCGUCCUCUUCAUCACCUCCCCCUCCGACUCAUCAGCCUGACUCUCUUCCUCUUACUCUCGCUUCUUCUCGUUCCUCUCCACACCUCGGCAGCUCCUCGUACAACUCCUCCUUCCCACCUCUCUGCUCCCCCUCCCCGAACAUCACUUCACCUCCUUGGUUGAAGUCUCUCUGUCGCUCUCCAACCUCACGCUCUAUUCUUCCCCCCCACCACACUUCUCGCUACAUCCCCAUCUUCCACUCGUAUCCUACGCCCAUAUUCCCCUCAUCCGCCCUUCGCGAUUCUCACCUUUCCCACACACGCCUCCCUCGUGGUGGCUGUUGCCUAUCGCUCCCUCUCACCACGUCUCAUCACCGUAAUCCUCAUUCUCGUACCUCUCUUUCUCCUCUCCCUCCCUCUUCACCUCCCGUCCCGCCUCCGUCUCCAGUCUCUCCUCCAUCUCCCUCUCAUCUCACGCAACCAUUGUCAUACUCAUUCACUACCGCAUCAUCUGUCCACUCCAUUCUGUCUCCACCUCCUCCUCUGCCCCUCUUCUAUCUCACUCGCUCCUCCACCUCUCUCUCCUCCGUUCCCUAUCACCAUCACGCUAAUCCGCUCUGUCUACUUCUCCGAUCGUCCCUCACCCUCGUGACCCCUCACUCGUCCGACCCUCCGGGCCGUCUCGCACGUCUUCCACCCUCUCUUCUGUCUCCCAUUCUCAUCGCUCUAUCGUCUAUCAACAUUUCAUCCCCCGCCUCUCAUCUCUGCUUAUCUUCGUGCCGCAACGGCGCUCUUCAUCCCUCCUUCAACUCUUUCUCAUUCACCCACUCCUCCUCUCUUCGCCAGGCACAUCUCUGCUCCCCCUCCCCACCUUCCCCUCGUCCCAACCGUCGGCCUCAUCAUUCCCUCCCGUCGCUUCACCUCUGCUUGGUCCCCCAUCCGUGCUACCUCUUCGUUCUCUUACCCCUGUCACCCCUCGCCCCCCUUCUCACCCCUCUACCCCCCGGCCGGCUCUCUCCCCCAUUCCCUCGGGCCAAUCCACCGUCCCCAUCCUCGAUCUCCCAUCCCCGAGCUCGCAUUCAUUCCUCCCACGAUCCCCAUCCGCUCCCGACGUCACCACACCCUUCACCCCUCUCUCACAGCUUCCUCUCGGGUUCUCUCUCCUCCCCGGUCUCGCUCAGCCCGAUCGUCCUCUCUCCGCUCUCACCCUCUCUCCCGACCUCUCUCAUCCCGCUCUCAGCAGCCCGGCUACUUUACUCCCCUUCUCCAUCACUCUCAUCCGUCGCACUUCUCCCCUCUCUCUCCUCUCCCGACCCUCCCCUCCCCCUCCUCCCCAUUCUCCCUAUCUCCCCCUUCUCAGCCCUCCAUCCUCCACCGUUCAACCCAUCCCUCGGAUCCCCCGACUCCUCUGUCCUCUCAUCAAAAAUUGUCUCUUCAUCCUCCCCGUACCCCGCUACCACAUCCUUCCCCGCUCCUCUUCCCUCCUUCGCCAGUACUCCACCAAUUCCCUCAUCCUCUCCCACUCGAAUCUUCAUCGUCCUCCUUCCUUCACGGACUCGCAUCCUCAUCUCUUCCCUCGUCUUUCCUCCUCACCUCCCUCCCCCUACCCUGCUCGCCUCUCCCGAGCCCCCCUUCCCUCCUCUCCUCCCUUCUCUCAAUAGAUCCACUUCCCUCAAACUCAUCUCUCUCAUCUCCCCCCCCGUCACCCCGCUCGCCGUCGCCCCCUACACCUCACUUCUACCCUUCCUCCGUCCUCACUAUCCGUCCAUCAUCAUCGUUCUCCGCUUCCUGUCCGCCACACUCUCUCGCCGUCCUUCUAUCUCAUCGUCUAAAUCAUCCACUACUCCUCUCCCACACUACUUUCCCCCCCCUCCGGCUUCGGCACUAGCUACUUCUUUCUCAAGGCGAGGGCUCCCACACAUCAAUCCCCUCUUACUCCGCAUCUCCCGACCUCUUCGCUCAUCCUCCCCCCACUCAGACUCCAUCAGCCCGAAUCUCAAUCAUCCCACGACCACCCCCCAUAGUCGUCUUUCCAGCUCUCCUCCCUCCCUCUCACACAGAUUCUAUCCUCCUCCACUUCCGUCUUUCAGUCAGACUCCUCCCGAGUCGCGACUUCACUCCAUCCCCCCACCUUUCUGGACCCCACCCUUCCUCGCAAUCUCUCUGUCUCUUCAUACCAACUCUCAACGCUCGUCUCCUCCGUCGACUGCUUCUCAUCAUCCAACGACGUCUUUCUAUUCCUCGACUCCUUCCAACCCAAUCGUUCUCGGGCCACUCACUGACAUUCUCGCGGUCAUCCUCUCUACUCCAUUCUUCACCAUCUCUCUUCCCCUGCGCCCCCAAUCUUCCUCCGCUAUGCUCUCCCUCCUUCCCUAUCUCCCACGGCUCUUCUUCCCUCUCUCCAUCCACUCUAUCAAUCGAAGAGGGAUCUCCUUCCUCUCCCGCACUCCUUCUAACUCUCUUAUCGAUCCCUCUGAAUCGUCGUCUCUCUCACCCCCCGUCUCGGUCCACUCGCCCACUCUCCCUCCACCUCCGACACAAUCUCUACGCCGACUCCUCUCCCGACGCCACACCCCCCCCAUAUGUCAGUCCCCCCGCCUCGACCCCUAUCCCACACCUGACCCCCUCUUCUCCAUCCAACUCAUAAUCCUCAUAUUCGCUCCUUCCUCUCCUGUCUCUAUCACCAUCAUCCACUCCCAUCAUGCUCUCACUUCUUCCUCGUGGUCAUCUCCAGAACACAUCCCGUUCUCGGGUCCCUCUCCCAUCUUCUCCUCUCUCCCCCUCUCAAUCUCUGCGCUUAACUACUUCAUCCAAUCUCCCCGCUUUUCUUCUCUCAAUCUCCCUCUCUCUCCCUUUCUCAUCACCUUCUCACGUUCCGUCCUCUCUGCGUAUAUUCACCUCAUUAUCAUGUCCAUCCACUCUCGGCUCCCUCAAAUCAGCACCCCUGCAACGCUCCUCCUCUCCUCUUCUUCUCACUCGGAUCCAAGCUCCCUACGCUCUCUCAGAACUCAAUCAUGCUCACAAGUCUCUACGGUCUCUCUCUUCUGCUCAGACGCCCUCUGCUUCUCUACUUCUGCUCUGCGCCUGCUCAGCCUACCUCUGGACGACGUCUAA